CUCCCCUUUCCACGAUGAACGACGAGCUCUCCAGAAUGGCCUUCCACAGAGCACCUUUGUCCUCCCUCGCAACCAACGACGGUGACAGGCACAAAUGUAUGGAUCAGUUUCUCCCGCCGUCACGUAUGUUCAAGCAUAUGGAACCACCGAUGCCAGUCAACGACUUCCGCCAGACGAGCGGUUCUUCCGACUACCAGUCGGGACUCAUUGGAACACCCCAGACUGUCAUCUCAGGGCAGUUUGGCGGUAAAACCAUUCGCGCUGAGCUUCAAGAACUGCAGAAAGCGGAAUUAGGACGAAAGUAUGCUCGAGUGGAUCGUCGACCACUAGAUCCGCCACCUGUCGUUCUCCUUCGAGUCUUUCAGAUCAAGACCACCAGUGCCGGCUUAAACUUCGAGCGAGAGCUACCAUGCGAUGAGAUUCGAAAUCUCGGAAUCAUGUGUACCGUCGAUCUCUUCCCCGUCCCAGAACAAUCUACGAAUCUCAGCAGCAACGGUUUGCAAGUGGCCACUCCCCCGAUGCCCAUGCCAGUGUAUCGGUCGGGGAGCUACCAUGGUUAUACUGAACCAGCAACCUUGACCUACUACCCCCUUCAUCCGUUCAAGACCUCCGACAUGAACGGUCGUGAAAUCAGCGUUUCGCCUUUCCAGAUCCCCCGACGACAACCAGUACUUAGUCCCGUCGCUCCCAACGACCCUCCCAAGGAUGUCGUUUACCGAUUCGGUAACCACCUCAUCACCGAAUCUUCCAAGAUGACCCCUGCGCUCGUGGGCGAGAAAUUCAUCGAGCCCACGCAGGUUGACUACAAGGGACAAAAAGCCCUUGUCUUUGUCUUCAGUGACUUGGCCGUCCAACGAGAAGGCUCUUUCAUUCUUCGAUACCGCGUCUUCGACAUCUUCACCCGAACUCAAGAGUCCGAAGAACCUCCAUUCCUCGCUGAAGUUUUUGGAGGCCCGUUCCGAGUUUACUCUACACGAGAAUUCCCCGGUCUAGAGCCCUCGACUGACCUCACUAGGUCACUAUCCAAGUACGGCGUGCGAGUCACUCUCCGAGACGCUGAGCGCAAGUCGAAGAAACGUGGGCCACCAUAAUCGCCUUCAUCGCCAUCCUCUUCGACGACGCGCUCAGUGCUGAAGAUAAAUCAAAAUCAUUCGUUUAUUAUGGACGGAUCGAUCUGCCGCUCCAUUGUACCACCACCAACCCACGCACCGCACUCUUCUCUGUUAUUAUCUGCAUUGCACGCACCAGGAUACCCACACAUACCCCCUCGCUGUACUUCUACCACUGUCGCAAUCAUCCCAUCACUCACCCUGUACUUCUACUAUCCGCUUUCGACAUUCGUCUUAUUUAUCCCCCAUUGUACGUAGCCUUCCGAUGUUCGCAUAUUAUUUUCGCUGUAGCUAGUUACGAGUUGCGGAGGGCGCUGUGGAACAUGCGCCCUUCUCUUCUCUACCUACCACAUUAUAUAAUUCUAAUCCAAGCCGCUGCCUUUCAUUUC